AUGAUAGAUGUUAACCGUGAGGCUUUGAUGGCAAAGGACGAGCGACCCAGACCUAUGUCACUGGAGGGUGUUAAAAAACCUGCUACUUUUCUUGACCAGUCUCUCACGCCUGGAAGAAUGAAACUCGGACAAAGUUUAACCGACCUUCCCAAACAACUCCAAAAUUCUGAACUAACUGAAGAACAGCUUAAGCGAUGCAACUCCUGGGCAAGUGGUAUCCCCCUACCGGUAGAUCGAUUCUCGAAGAUGAACGAGGUGUCCAAAGUGGACAAGGAUGGUGGGCAAGCGCAAAAACUCCCAUUAUUGAAUUCCUCAAAAAUGUUUGCUAAAGGCACUAAGCUCAAUGAAGUCAGGACUCCAGGUCCAAUGAAGGCCACCAGGCCUCAACAAAGUCUUGAAGAGCGAGAAGGAAAUCUGGAGAGGGGUGUGUUAAGACUUCAAGAGGUUCUCAGAGGAGAGGCUUAGGAACAAUAUGUCGGUCUCGAUUUCGUUACUGGUAUUCUGUAUGAUUUAACAUCAAUUAUGAAAACACCGGAAAGUCACAUUCCGAACCAAAAGUAUAUUACACCUUUUAAUAUCUAUAAUUACUUAACAUUUUUUUCCACUUAAUAUUUCCUUCAAACUUGACAUUGAAUAUUUUGUUUAUACUCAAGCUGGUAAAUUUUAUACGAGUGAAUUGAAGGGAUUGAAUAUUGCCUUUAUGAUAAGUUCACCCCUUAUUGAUUCUACUUUCACUAUACUUGUCUAGCCAGUUUUAAUGUUUUUCAAUCCAAAAGACACUGAAAUGGUAGGGUAAUACACUUAUUGAAACUUUCCUUAAAAUAUCAAAGUAUAAAUAGUUACAUCACUUGUAGAUAUGAUGAUAUAUUUACAUGAUUGUGAGUCUAGGUUGAAAAGCAAGAAAAAUAGAUCCUGUUUUUCACUCUCAAUUCUUCACGCUUUCUACACACUCAGCUUCACAUGAAGCAUUAUGUGAAAAGUUAGUUCUGAGCUAAUUGAAUUAUGCAUAGACUUUCUUGACGUGUCUUGCCAAUAGGCCAAUCAAGAGAUGGUACACGACAGAGUCUCGUACUCACGAGAUUCAUGAUUUGUGUUUUAAAUACUCAACAGUUUUAUAAAAAGAGUAGAGUGAGAACACUGAAAGUAUACUUAAAGUGCCUUCACACAUUUUAUAAGUGUUUCUAAUACUCAUUUGUUUCAAUCGUUUGAAAUUAACAACCACGUAGUCACGUGUAGUGUGAUACACAAACACUGCAUAUACUUACUAGUUAUAUGGUACACAAACACUACAUAUACUUACUAGUUGUGUGAUACACAAACACUGCAUAUACUUACUAGUUGUAUGGUACACAAACACUGCAUAUACUAACUAGUUGUAUGGUACACAAACACUACAUAUACUUACUAGUUGUAUGGUACAGAAACACUGCAUAUACUUACUAGUUGUAUGGUACACAAACACUACAUAUACUUACUAGUUGUAUGGUACACGAACACUACAUAUACUUACUAGUUGUAUGAUACACA